UCAGCGAUCCCGGCCGCGCGUCAGCCGAGGCGGCGGCGGAGCUGCCGGGCUGGAGCGCUCCGCGGGGCCGGGAGCAUGGGGGCCGGGAGCAUGGGGGCCGGGAGCAUGGGGGCCGGCAGCUCCGGGGCCGCCCGGCCGGCUCUCCCCGCCAGGCAGCCCCAGCAGCGAGCGCCCGCCGCCUCUGCCGCGUAGGCUGCCUGGGCACCGCCAAAUCGUCAUGGAUUGAGGAGGGGUUGCGUUAUUUUCUUCUUUAUUUUUUAGUGGUUUGGGUUUUUUUUUUUUUAGCUUUGUAUGGUUCUAUCCCCCCCCUUUUUUUUUUUUUUAAUUACGGGUUUGGAAGAUGAAAUGCUUCUCGCGCUAUCUGCCUUACAUCUUCAGGGCGCCGAGCGCCGUCCUCGCCGCCAGCUGCCACGCGGAAGCUGACAUCAUCUCUACAGUAGAAUUCAACCACACCGGAGAAUUACUAGCAACAGGGGACAAGGGGGGCCGUGUUGUAAUAUUUCAACGUGAGCAGGAGAGCAAAAACCAGCCCCAUCGCAGGGGAGAGUACAAUGUCUACAGCACCUUCCAGAGCCAUGAGCCGGAGUUCGAUUACCUGAAGAGUCUGGAGAUAGAGGAGAAGAUCAAUAAGAUACGAUGGCUCCCGCAGCAAAAUGCAGCCUAUUUCCUGCUCUCCACCAACGAUAAGACUGUGAAGCUAUGGAAGGUCAGCGAGCGGGACAAGAGACCGGAGGGAUACAAUCUCAAGGAUGAGGAUGGCCGUCUCCGAGACCCCUCCAUGAUCACCAUGCUACGGGUACCCGUGCUCCGGCCCAUGGACCUGAUGGUGGAGGCCACCCCCCGGAGGGUGUUUGCCAACGCGCAUACCUACCACAUCAACUCCAUCUCCGUCAACAGUGACUACGAGACCUACAUGUCGGCGGACGACCUGCGGAUAAACCUGUGGAACUUUGAAAUCACAAAUCAAAGUUUUAACAUCGUGGACAUCAAGCCAGCCAACAUGGAGGAGCUGACGGAGGUGAUCACGGCCGCCGAGUUCCACCCGCACCACUGCAACACGUUCGUCUACAGCAGCAGCAAAGGCACCAUCCGGCUGUGCGACAUGCGCACCUCCGCCCUCUGCGACCGCCACGCCAAGUUUUUUGAAGAGCCCGAAGACCCAAGUAACCGGUCGUUUUUUUCUGAGAUCAUCUCCUCAAUCUCCGAUGUCAAAUUCAGCCACAGUGGGAGGUAUAUCAUGACCCGGGACUAUCUCACUGUCAAGGUGUGGGACCUGAACAUGGAGAACCGGCCCAUCGAGACCUACCAGGUUCACGACUACCUGCGGAGCAAGCUCUGCUCGCUCUACGAGAACGACUGCAUCUUCGACAAGUUCGAGUGCGUCUGGAACGGGUCCGACAGCGUCAUCAUGACCGGCUCCUACAACAACUUCUUCCGCAUGUUUGACCGCAACACCAAGCGCGACGUGACGCUGGAGGCCUCGCGGGAGAACAGCAAACCGCGCGCCAUCCUCAAGCCCCGCAAGGUCUGCGUGGGCGGCAAGCGGAGGAAAGAUGAAAUUAGCGUGGACAGUCUGGACUUUAGCAAAAAGAUCCUGCAUACAGCUUGGCACCCCUCCGAGAAUAUCAUUGCCGUGGCAGCAACAAAUAACCUGUAUAUAUUCCAGGACAAGGUUAACUAGGAGGACAAGUUGUUCUUUAGGAAUCUCAUGUACUGAAUACUAGUAAACACAAAAUUUCACGUUUUUCUUUCUUCCCUUUUUUUUUUUCCCCCCUUCUAUUCCUUUGGUCAGUUAUUCCUCUGCAGACAGCGGUUGUGCAGAGGCGAGCACUCCUGCGCCCCCCGGCACCUGGGGCAGCGGGGGCGCACCCAGCAGACACCAGAUUUCUCUCUGUUUGCGCACUGAGAGCUAAGACGUAACGCGGGGCAGGCGGGGCGGUCUCAGGCCUCCGCUUUGCCGGCGGCCCCAGGCGGCCCUGGGGUGGCUGUAGCUGUCGCCGACGUGCGAGCGCGGUGCUGAUGCGGCAGCGUGGGCUGGCAGCGGGCGCCUGGGGAGGGGGCGUGCGCUGUGUGCGCUUGCGGGGGGGUUCUACUUACAGCAGUCCCCCUCUGACUGUUUUCGACUUGACCCUAGAAAUAUUCCACCUGUUACAUUGUAAGAUCAGAACGUCGCCCCCCCCUUUGCCAUUUUUCACAUUUGUCUUUUUAUUAUUAUUAUUUUGUGUCUUUACCAACAGAGACAGCAAAACCAAACGUAAACUGGAAAAGUUCAGCUUUGCAAUGGACAACCUUGGGGGGGGAUCUGCUGCACACCCAGAGGUGUCUGCUCUAGCCAGGCUGCUGCCUCCCCCCUCCCCACAGAAACUCUCCUGAGGAUUUGGCUUUGUAGAUACUGUGGUGCCUUUUUUGGUAUAUGAAAUACCUUUAUAAAUGAUGCUUCCAAACUGCAUUGGUUGCAAACCAAACCGAACCUGGGCUUUUCUUCUGCAUUUCUUGUCUUUUGCUUUGGUCAUUUUUACUUGUUCUGUUGUAAGCUCUUGCAUGUUGUGACUGUCUCGCUCUCUCUUUUAAUUUAUUUAUUUAUUUAUUAGAUUUUUUUUUUAAAGAUAAAGUUGCUAAUUUAUGACCUUCUAAAAGAGAAUCCAACCAUAUAUUGCUGUUAGCACCUGACUGCUUCAGAGAGAGGCUGUGGUCCUACAUUAUGAUAAUAAUAAUGGUAAUAACAAUAAAAACAAUAACUCUUCCUCUUUGCAUGGCAAGGCUGCCCUUUUCUACUCUAAAAAUUGUUCAGGUCCUUCUUUUACUUGAGCAACUGUUCAAUAAAAAAAACAAAACAAAACUGAAUUUUCAGUCAAUCUGAAACUGCUCCUGCAACAAAAAGCAAAUUAAUAAAUAAAGUCAAUUAAAAAAGAAAAUUCAACACCGUCACGUUAGAAGUGGCUCCGUAAGGGUGACCCUGCUGCGCAUCCGUUCCGCGGGGGCAGCGGGCAUCCCACCAGCGCCUGCGUCCUUGCAGGGACGUUCUCACGACUCUGUAAGGGCCCAGGUGCGCUCUUGGCACAGCCUCGAGGAUUCCCCGCGUGUCCCGCCGUGGCCUCCCAGCUCUUACACCGGACGAGGGGGACGACCUGCCGCUUACUCCAGGAGCGCGGGGACCGCGUGGGAAGCCAGGAGCCGCGCAGCGGCAGGGACCCCCGGCUGCGCCCCGCCAGGGGAAGCCGCUGCCGGCGCCUGGGACGGAGCCGCGGGGCGCCGACCUGCUGGGACGUCCAGUCCCCACCUCGCGCGCCGGCACGGGCAGCGGCGGGGAGAGCGUGCUGCCUUCAGAGGGGUGAUCACAAGGGAAAAGUGAAACAAAGUGCAGUGGCUUAUGGAUUUAUUACAAGUGAUGGCUUUCAGGAGAAGCUUUUUUUUAAAAAAAUGAAAUGGUAGAAAAACGUAGCAAGACUAAAUGAACCAUUUUUUUAAAAAAAGAAAAAAAAAUUCUUUUUCUGGUUCCUGUAAAGAAAGCCUGCACUCUGGUAUCAGAAGUAAAGUUGUCCCAAAUGUG